AUGAGUAAACAAGACACUGAACCAGUUGAAAAUGUUAUGAAUGAAGAGGAAGAAGAAGACGUUGAACAAUUGACCGAAGAACAAAAGAGACAAAUGGAAAUGGAACAAGAGGCUAAACUGAAACAAACGCACGGAGCAGAGGCUUUACAGAACACAAAACACUCGUAUUUAAUUAAAAAGGAUCGUAAAAAGUUUGACUCUGCUGACUAUGCCAUGAAAAAGAACUCUGGAGAAAACAAAGGUGAGCCAGUGCCUAAAGCCAUUAAAAAGGGCGAAAUUGCAAAGAGAUUUGGAAGUCACUUGGCUGAACAAAAGUAA